UCCGCUCGGCAGCCGACAUGCCAUCCAGACUGAAGAAGAUGCGGAAACUGCGCGGCCACGUGAGCCAUGGCCAUGGCCAUGGCCGCAUCGGCAAGCACCGGAAGCACCCGGGAGGCCGUGGGAACGCUGGUGGAAUGCAUCACCACAGGAUCGACUUCGACAAAUAUCACCCAGGUUACUUUGGGAAAGUUGGUAUGAGACAUUACCACUUAAAGCGGAACCAGAGCUUCUGCCCAACUGUCAACCUGGAUAAGCUGUGGACGCUGGUCAGUGAGCAUAUCCGGGUGAAUGCUGCCAAGAACAAGACGGGAGCAGCUCCCAUCAUCGACGUCGUGCGGUCGGGCUACUACAAAGUUCUGGGAAAAGGAAAACUCCCAAAGCUCCCAGUCAUUGUCAAAGCCAAAUUCUUCAGUAGAAGAGCUGAGGAGAAGAUUAAGGGCGUUGGGGGAGCCUGUGUCCUGGUGGCUUGAGGCCACCGUUCAUUAAAGUGCUUCUCUGCUGG